CCACACACGUCCUCCAUGAUUCCACAAAUGCAGGAAGCUAAGAGCUGGUGGUUGCUACCAAUUAAAUAAGGUUUGCUUUUCAAAUAAACAAAAUAGAGAAGUGGAGGGACAUGGUUAGGCCAACGGUUAGUUCCCUGAUACGCUUGGAACCGAAGCAAAUUGUUAGAUUUUUGGUCACCAUCUCAGCCCAACUCCCUACCUUCCUUUCGCUUCAAUCCCACCUUUACUAGUUUUCAACUAAAAGGGACUCACAUCUGCAUAUUUAUAUUUCAUCUCGCCGUAGAAGAAUUCGUCAGUUCCAUUCCUCUUCACCUCUUACCCCAAGGAAGGAUUAUUUUAGCGGUCCCAAUUCCUCGGUUGUCUCAAAGUUCGAAAAUGUCAAGCUGUCCAACCAAACCAGCGAACCAUAAUGCAUCAAAAUCUCUGUCUGCCGGUAAUUCCACGUCUGCGAUUAUUAUGGGCUGAUCUUAUCAGUAGUUUUCUCCAAUGCAGUUCUCAGGAGAGAUGGAAAUUUUGAGUGAUUCCUAGCCAACCUUCUGUAGAAAACUUAGAAUUUAUUGGUGGUGGUCCUUGGGUUAUCUGGAUGAACACCCGUUACUAUUUCCCACCCACAUAUACGCCAUCUCUCGCCAGAGAAGGCCAUAUGCCGAUCGUCGAGGGUCACCAGAAUGCACCCCGAGCUCUGCCUCUCGCAUUCCUAAUGAGGAUGGUUAUGAGGAUAUCCAGAGCCAGAUGGUUCAGCUUCCUGAGAAGAGUCUUUCAGUAUCAGAACGGGUCGAGGUCCGAUUUAGUCUCGAACCCAUUCAAUUCCAAGCCAUGGUUGGCCCUCGAGUCCAUAGUUCUGGUAUUCCAGAUGGUUGUCAUCACGGUUACAAUGGCCGUAUCUCACAAGGAGAACCCAGUUUGGCCCCUCAGAAGCUGGCUGGCCGGGUACAACCUUGGGAAUCUCCUCAGCCUUCCCCUUCUAUAUUGGCGCUACCGCCACUCCAACAUCAGCAACGUCGUCACUGAUUUAGAACAGCAGAUGAGCGCCGAGGAAUCGAGAAGUUCUCAUCUGAUGAACAAGUCCAGGACGCUCCUCGAGCUAUUUUUUGCGAUAUGGUUCGUGAUGGGCAACGUAUGGAUCUUCGACUCCCGGCAUGGGUCCUUCGACAGAGCACCGAAGCUGCAUGUCCUUUGCCUGACGCUGCUUGCUUGGAAUGCUAUCGUCUACUCCUUCCCCUUCCUGCUGUUUGUGCUGCUCUGCUGCUGCGUCCCGUUCAUAAGCAGCACCUUGGGAUACAACAUGAACUUGGCCUCUGCCGACCGAGGAGCCUCAGAUGAUCAGAUAUCGAGGCUGCCUCAUUGGCAGUUCAAGAAAGUAGAGCCUAUGACUGGGACUGCAAGCGAGAACCCAGUAAGUCAGAUGACUGCCAAACACUGUUUGGAGCAUCAAAUUGGAACCUUAUCCGCAGGUCUGUAUUACUACUGUUUGAUGAUGUUCUUCGAUUUUCUUGUGUGGGCAGGAGUGCUGCUGCAUAUGUCUGGCCAAGUACGGAGACAGAGAGGAGGUGAGGCAGCUGCCGUGCUCGCAUCUUUUCCAUCUGAGGUGUGUCGAUCAAUGGCUGAGAAUCAUAUCUUCUUGUCCUCUGUGCAAGCAAGAGCUAGAGAAAUGAUGCAGAACAGAGCCCCAUUCGACCUUUUUUGUUUGUCGAGAUAUAUAUGUUCGUAUAGUUUUUUUUUUUAUUUGUUUGUUUUGUAAAUAAAAGUUUUUUUCUUUUUUUUCUUCUGUUCGUUAAUCAAAUUGAGAUAGUCGGUCCGCAAAAAGAGUUAUUGGAAUUAUUCUUGAA